AUGGAGGAACAUCGUCCUUCCAGGACCCCCGACAGACUGUUGCCCCGGCUGAACCGUCAUAGGACACAUCAAUCCAAACCACAAGACGAAUCUAGCGACGCCCAUCAAACAGAGCCCACGUCUGGGGACCUGAACAGUGUGCAGGAGGGCUCUGGUCCGGCACAACGCAGUACCUCUACUGAAUCACAUCACCCUACACAGACAAGUCCACCGGUAACGCCGUCAGUGCCUGUACCUGCGGGAGAACAGGUUUACCCUACACAGCACCGUCCGAUUCCGUCACCUCUCUCCUCAUCAGUGCCUCGAGGACACGCCAUACCUACGGAUCCCUCUCCAGUCUCAGCCCAAGCCCUACCAUCGUCAGGCUCCAGUGCGGAGAGUGACAAACAAAAAGCGCAAAGGGCAGAUUACAUCAAAAUGCAACGAGAGCGCGAACAAAAACAACGCGAGGAACGUGAAAGGAUCAAAGCACAGAUUAAAGCAGACCGGGAGGAGAGGCGGAUGUUGGAUGAAAUGAGGAAGCAAGGUCAAUCGCCAGAGGCCCUAGGUUCUUCAACUGCCUCUUCGCAUGCUAAAUCAAAGACGUCAAUAUCAAACGCUCGAGGGGAUGUGAGGGUUCAAGUCCGCACAUUCGACGGUUCGACCUUGCGCAAUACAUUCCCUUCAAGCGCAACCAUCACAAAAGAGAUCCGUCCCUGGAUUGACUCGGCCAGCUCGACCGCUUCACCCGCCAGGACAAGUGGCGUGCCAUAUAAUCUCAAACUCAUCCUGACACCCCUUCCGAACCGCACAAUCGAAGCGGGGGAAGAAGACACUGAACUCUCCGACCUGGGUAUCACGGGGAGCUGCACCUUCGUCAUGGUCCCGGUGCAAGGGUAUGUUGACUCGUACGCGUCCGGCGGCUUGGCUCUGGGAGGCGGGCUACUCGGGGGUGUUGUGAGUGGAGGGUACAACCUCGUCAGUGGAACGGCAGGGAUGGUCUUUGGUGGUGUACGGUCACUGCUUGGGUAUGGAUCGGGCGAUGCGGAACAGACGACGCCUACGGGCAGCGGACGUGGGAACGCAGAUCAGCCUCCUGGUGCUGGUGCUGGUGCUGGUUCUGCGGCGGGGAAUAACGUCCGGAUUCGCACACUCGCUGACCAGCGCGCCGCAGAUGCCGCAGGAAAGAGGAACCAGCAGUUUUACAACGGGAACCAGCUGAAUUUCCAGCCCAACGACGAGGACCAGAAGAAAGAUUGA